AUGGAGAAUAAACAAAAUAGAUCAACGCCGAAAAUUGACAAUGAAAGAUAUUUAAAAUUAAUAGUUAAACAAAAGACAAAAGCAUUGAAAACUUGUAAACGUAAAUUAAUUGAAUACGAACAUACUAUUGAAAGUCAACAAAAAAUGAUCGAUCAUCUAUUAAUCAAUAUUGUUCAAAUGAAAACAGAAAAUGAAAUUGAACAACAAUUAUUUAGAUUUAACAAAAUAUAUGUUUUUUCUGAUUUACAUGGUAUUGCUUCGCAAACACUACCAAUUCAAACAUUUAUGCAAGCUUAUGAAGAUUAUGUUAGUUUUGGUGUUAAUCCAGUUCCAGAAACUUAUAGUUGUAGCGGGGCUUGUGCCACAAAAGAAAAUCUAUUAAAACCAUCAAAAGUACCAUAUGUUACAAAAUCGUAUCUUGGUAAAAAGAAACAAUGUUCAAAUAGAUAA